CAUUAUAUCAACAUUGUAGCAAGAGGCUCCCGAAUAUUCUUUAUUUCCCAAGUAAUUUGAAAUGUGGAGCUUUGAAGGGGAUUUUCGACGAAAGCCAGUACAGUCUUUAAGAGGGGCUAGUAAAAAGGAAGAAAAAGAUACCUUGCUGCAAAGAGCCCAAGCAGAACGAGAGAAGAGAGAGGCUUUUAGACAACAAAAUGCCAGUGUUACUAAAAUAUCAGCAUUUUACAGAUCUGCUUGUGUGAGAAGGAAAUGGAAAUCAGAUCUACGAGCUGCGUUUGAUAGAUAUAUUGGAGAGCUGAACAAGGUAAAACAAUCCACAGCUAAUGUGAACAGAGUUGCUGAGCUAAUCAGGAGGUUGCUUUUCUUUUUUGAAGAAGAUCAGGACAGUGAUAGGCUGUUGGCAGUAUGCCAGUUACUUGUGUACCAUAAGGACCUGCUAAUGCAGCUUUUGAACAGGGACUUACCUGUUGGAUUGUACCAAGUGAAAUCCCUUACAUUACUUUGUGCCAGGUACCUGUCCAUUAUAUCAUCAAAACAAUUACCAAUAGCAGUCCCUAUGAGAAUGUUGGAGGUUUUUACUUCAUCAGACACAUAUAAAGGGAUGAAAGAUCCAACUACAGCUGUCUUGAGACCAUUGUACAUUGGAGUCAUGAAAAAAGGAUAUUUUGGGUACUUGAAAACUGUAUUUGAGACUAGAGUCCCAGCUUGUUUUGAAGAAACUACCAAACCACCAACACCCCUGUCUGAAAGUUUGUAUGAACUGUUAAAGAAACCACUGGAGCUUAUAGCUGAUAGAGAGGACAAAGAAUUCAGGGACAUGGUAAUCCACCACUUUUGCCAAGAGUUCUUCUGUUCUCAGCCCUCAGACCAAGUACGCUACUUCUUGCUCCCUGCCAUGGCCUGUGGGCAGCAGUGGAAUUUCCCCUUUGUAGAACUCCUCCAUGCCCUGGCACCAGACCUAGAGAAUAUGAAAGCAAACAUAGGAGUGGCUGAUACAGAAGAAAGGUUCCAAGACUACAGGAAAGGCACCACUGCCUCACCAUGGCUGCUCCAUGCAUUUUUAACUCUGUCAAAACCAAAACUUGAUACGCUAUCACCCAGAGACUUCCAGCACUACCUACAGGUGAUGAAGAGACUCAUUAUCACUUUACCUGGGAAAAAAUUAACAAGUGACUCUGGACAGGAGUCUGACUCUGAUGAUGAGGAAAUGAUGGACACUGUGGACUAUGAAACUGCUGAAGGUCUUGUAGCAGUAAAGGAGCAGUGUGUUCAGGUCAUAGACUCCCCAAAGUUUGUGAACAGUGUUUUAAUCAGCCUAAGCAGAGACCCAUCUGAAACCACUUUGUCUGCUGUGUGCACACUUUGUCACACUCUGAUGUCUAAAUAUGGAUUAACAGUUCAUAAAGUCAGGUUACUAUAUUCACUGUCCCUAAACAAACUGUUCCUGAAGAAUCUGUGGUAUUUGUGUGUGUCUGUAUGUGCUCCAACAGUAACAGGGUCUAGCACAUCCCUGCUGCAGUUAUUAUCCAGAGGACUUCAGAUGCAUCAAAAUCUUGUAGACCAGAUUGUACCCUUGCUGUCCUCAUUCUGUACUUUGUUCAACCAUAAUAUUAUUACUUUACAUGAUGCCGAGUUUUUUGGUGAUGAAGGUGAACAGUCCUCUCAUAUGCCCUUCAGUGUGGCUGAGCUGGUCUUGAUGAGCGCUGCUCUGCGUGAUGCUUGUCUGGGUAUCAUUGAGAUUGCCCAUCCAGAAUCCAAGCGCAGUCUUCAACAGGAAUAUGUGUCUGCUCUGAAGAGUGUUGGGGUGAAGCAAAAAAUCACAUCCAAGGAAGAACUGGAGGAAAAAAAGCAGACAUGGGCUUUUUUAUUUCAGAGAAUGGCACAGUUGGUGAAACAGCUGUAUUUGAGAAAUGCAAGGCGUCCUUUCUGCCCCAGGAAUCAUUGGUUGUCAAAUCAAGUAAACAUACUUGCAGAUAAGCCAUCUCAAAUAUUUAAAGCAGGUCGCUUUACUCGACAAGAAUUUGGUGCAGGCUUGGAGGCUGAGAGUUUGAAAGACUAUAUGGAUGAAGAUGGACCUCCAUUGUCCACCACUGAAAUCAGACAGUUGACUGUGUUAACAGAAAUCCCUUUUGUAGUGCCAUUUCAGGAAAGAGUGAAGAUAUUUAGUAAGCUGAUACUCCAAGACAAAAAAGAGAACCAGGGGGAGCCCCACUUUUUUGGUGGUCCACACAUACAGGUGCUGAUUAGGAGGAACUACAUCUAUGAAGAUGCCUUUGAAAAACUGUCACCAGAUAAUGAGCCCAAUUUGAAGCUAAGAAUGCAGGUGCAAUUAGUGAAUGCAGUUGGACUGGAUGAAGCUGGGAUAGAUGGGGGAGGGAUUUUUCGGGAAUUCCUGUCAGAGUUGCUCAAGACGGGGUUUGACCCCAACAGAGGUUUCUUUAAAUACACGUCAGACAAACUGCUCUACCCCAACCCUCAGGCCAAGGUGCUGGUAGAGUCAUUCACCAACCACUUCUACUUUCUAGGCAGAAUGCUGGGAAAGGCCUUAUAUUCCAACCUAUUGAUAGAGCUUCCAUUUGCCAGUUUCUUCUUGUCUAAAGUGCUCAGUAGACAAGCAGGCAAUGUAGAUAUUCAUCAUUUAGCAUCUCUGGAUCCAGAAAUGUACAAAAAUCUUUUAUUUCUCAAAAAUUACAAGGGUGAUCUUUCUGACUUGGGCUUAGAUUUUACUGUGGCAAACAGUGAACUAGGAGAAGUUUCAGUGGAGGAGUUGAAGCCAGGAGGUAGAAACAUCCCUGUAACAAGUAGUAACAGAAUAGAAUACAUUCAUCUCAUGGCAGAUUACAGACUUAACAGACAGAUCCGAGCUCAUACACAUGCUUUUCGAAGUGGUCUAGCAGAUGUGAUCAACCUGGAGUGGCUGCGUAUGUUUGACUACAAUGAACUCCAGGUCUUGAUUUCUGGUGCUCCAGUGCCAAUUGAUAUAGAGGACUUGAAACAGCAUACAAAUUAUUCAGGUGGUUACACUGCAGACCACCCUGUGAUCAACACUUUUUGGAAAGUAGCAGAGAGCCUCAAUGAUGUGGAGAGAAGACAGUUACUGAAGUUUGUCACUAGUUGCUCUAGACCUCCACUUCUAGGAUUCAAGGAUCUUUACCCAGCAUUUUGCAUUCAUUAUGGUGGUCAUGAACUGGAACGUUUGCCUACUGCCAGCACAUGUAUGAACUUGCUCAAAUUGCCAGAAUUCAAGGAUGAAGAAACUAUGAGGAACAAACUGCUUUAUGCCAUAGAGUCUGGAACCGGUUUUGAAUUAAGCUAGUGCUGGAAUGCUAGUGUCAACUUUAGCUGGCUCUAAUCACCCAGGCACAGGAAGGCAGGCUACAAGAAUGAAGACACAUCAAAAGUCAAGAAUGUCAUAGACCCAUAAUUGUCUCAUACAAAAGAUGCUCUUAUUGUUAUCUAUGUAUUUAUAUUUGUCAUUGUGCUUCUUAAUAAGACCCAUUUAUAUUAUAUUAUUUUUCAGUUCAUUCCCAGGAUAUAAAGAUAUGCUGUGUCAUAUAAUGAGAGCCUGAAAGAAAGUUUUAAAAAAUUUAUUUUAAUUUUUUUAUUUAUUUUUUUGUUAUAGAAAGUCAAAUUAUAAAUCAAAUCAGCUGAUCUUUUCAUUAAUUUUUUUUACAAAUAGCUUGGUAAAAACAUGCCAUUUAACUUGGUAGAUUUGGAUAUUUGAUACUAUAUUCUUUUUAAACAAGUAGAUGAAAACUUUUUUUUGUCGAUUUAUCAUAUUCUUGAUGUUACAUAAACAUAUCCAAUUUUUUACUGGCAUAUAUUCAGACUAGGAACUACACAUAAUGGUUUAUGCAUCAAAAAAUAAAGUUUCUAAAUCAUAUACAUGGUUGGCGCAUUAAGGGUAUUAAGUAAUAGUCAGUUAACUUGGACAAGAGAAAUAAAAAAAUGUUUUUCCUAGUAAAGUAUGUUGUCGCGAUUGUUUCAAAUUCCAUCCCGAGUUAUCUUAUUACAUUUGGUAUCUGUGAUUCUGCCUGUUACUUUUUUGUGGGAUUGAAGAAAUAAUGCUUGUUUCAGACAACAAAUAAAUAAGUAAACUUUCUUACAAAUUAAGUGAUUUUAAUGUUCUUAUCAGUUUUGAUCUAGAAUUAUUUUCAGGAAAAGUAUUGUAAACUGAAUUAUUAUUUGGUAUCAUAAUUUUUUUGUGUGUCGUAAAAUCAAAGUCAC